AGUCAUGAACUAUUCCGAAGAAGAAAAACUCGUCUCGUUGUACUUCAAGUACACUAAAAAACCAACGUUCGAUCAGUUCUCAAAAAGAAAGAAAGAUGACAUAGUCAACCACUCCUCCAAGAUGCUGGCCUCUAAUGCUAUAACCUUAAUGCGAUAUUGGGUUAAUAUAUACAAUCGCGUAGCCGCACAACAAAGAUCAACCAUAAAAAUUGUCAAUGCACCCAAAACUGCGAGUGUUAUUUUUAAUGAAAUCUUUGAGAUUUACUCAGCGCUUAGAAAGGCAAAUCAUCAAUACACUGUCACCUCAGUUGCUACUUUGGGAAACUAUGCUUCUAGUGCUCAGUCAAAUCUAAGUGAUUUCGUACACCAAGGUGACAAAAAUGAAUCUGAUGGCGAAGAAAAAGAGGAGGAAAAGAAAGGUGAUGGAGAAAAAGAAGGAGGAGAACAAGAAGAAGGAGAUGAAGAAGGGGAAAAAGAAGAAGACAGAGAUGAUGGUGAAGACAAUGGAAAAGGAAAGGAAAGCAUCAAUAUGUUGGAUUAUGAUAAAGCAUUUAAUUUCUAUACAAGUAUUUUGACAACACACGCACAACAAAGAUUGCUGAAAAACAAAAUCUUUCCAGUUGUAAUUAUCCCACUCUCUAAUUAUCCAACGUUGCCAUUCAUUCUAUUAAAUGAAGCUGCCAGCUUAGUGUCUCAAAAAGAUUUGGAUGUAAAUGAAACUGAAUUGUUAAAAUUAUGUCUUUCUCAAACAGUCAACUUAUUGGAUCCUGAUCAUGUGAAUUUAUACGCCCGAUUUAUCCCAGCACCAUUCUACGAUGAAAUUCUCCAAGCGUGCGAUGAAAUGAAGUCUCGUCAACCAUCUUUCAAUGUGUCUGCUAUCGAUGAAAUCUUUGGUGAAUUAUUACAGUUUCAAUUUGAUAAGGACGAUUGUAAUUUAUUGGGCCAUUUAGACGAAAAAAAAUACAAGGAAAAAAACAAAAAAUCGGAACAUUAUAAGUUACUACGGAUAGUUCAAGAAGUUGUGCACAACUUUAAAAAAUGGAAAAUAGAGGAUGCCAAGCAUAAUAAUUACGCUGAAAUGACGUACCAACGAAAGUUUGCCGACAUCUUAGAUAUACUCCUCGAAGAUGAAGAUAUUACCGUAUAUGAUGGUGAAAGGGUUUCUAAGGAUACUCAACGGAUACAAACUCUAAAUGAAAUUGAGGAUAAUGGACGGAAGAUUGAUUUAUUAACAAAAACGAAUUACGAUGAUGUAGCUAUCGAGUUGUGCUCCAUAGAAUUUAAAUCACAAGAUGCAAAUGAUAGUACCUUCAAAAAACAACAGUCAAAAAAUAUUAGAACAAACAUCAGUAUUUUAAACAAUAUCAGCAACAUCAGAAAGCAAUCGAGUGAUACUUUAUACAUGGACUGGAGAGGAAGGGAAGGUUACAUGGUGCACGUUUUCCAAUUUAAAGACGUUAUGGUGUCUUAUUUUGUUAAGGAUCUGUAUAUACCGAAAAAUAUCAUGGAGCUGAAUGACUUUAGAAGCACCCUGCAAUAUCUUUGCUUUUGGAGAGAUAGUUUAGUAAAGUUAAGCAAUGAAAUCAAGUUGGCAGUUUACAAAGAAAAAAGAAAGUAUAUUGUGUCAGGCAUCAGCGCGCCUUUUAGACCAAUCGAUAGCCCGCCAAGAUCACCAGCUCAUAAGUCACACAUAACUCCUUUUUUCACACCAACAAGUAAAAGGACAAGAAAAGUAAUGGAGCAAGAAGAUGCUUAGUUUGCGUAAAGAUUUUAUAUUGAAAUAAAAGAAUUAGGUCUAUUUUA